AUGGACGCCAUGCACAAACUAUACGAGAAAGGGACCACCACUUUUGAUUACGAGAAAGAGAUGGAGCGAGCUCUUAGCACGAUAUUUCGCAACCUUCGAGGAAUGGAAGAAAUGAGAUUUCGUGUUGCUUCAACAAGGAGUCAAUCUAACCCUGAUAUGCUUAGCAAUGUGUGUUUGCAGUCAGAGCCAAAUUGCAUUGAGUCGCAACAGAACGUUGCUGAAAUCAGCCAAGAACAAGUUGAAAAAGAACAGACUGCAAACAGUAAUAUUCAAGUGAAGUCCAAACGGCGAUUGCCUAAUGUACCGCAAGUAGCAAAACAUAGAGGUGAUCUUAGCUGAGUAACGUCGAAGUUGGAAAUCGUCUUAAUUAUCUGAGUUAUGAAGUGGACCUCAAAGAGGGGGAAAUUUCACCGAUAAUCGGUCGAAGUAAUGAAAUCUAUACCCUGUAGUCUUGGAGAACAAGACACAAGAGACGAAGUUUAUCGCAAAAUGACUCAAGACUCUUCUUCAGGUGGUGUUUCUGAUAAUUUGUAA